UUAAAACCCAACAGAGCAAAUAAAGCAAAGAAACAAAUUUGUUCAUGGUCUCUAGAAAUCCGAAUCCUUCUGACGGAUAUUUCUUGGAUCCGACUAGUAUGAAUGUUCCAGGUCUCGGACCUUCCUUUACCGCCGCCGUUUCUUCUUCACCGACGACUUCUUCUACCGCCGUGACUGUGGCGGAUGCGACGGCGAUGGUUUCUUCUUCGGAGGAGGAUUUAAGUAAGAAGAUUAGGAAGCCUUAUACUAUUACUAAGUCUAGAGAGAGCUGGACUGAGCCUGAGCAUGAUAAAUUCCUUGAAGCUCUUCAAUUGUUUGAUAGAGAUUGGAAGAAGAUUGAAGCUUUUAUUGGGUCAAAGACAGUGAUUCAGAUACGAAGUCAUGCUCAGAAGUAUUUUCUUAAGGUACAAAAGAGUGGGACGGGUGAACAUCUCCCUCCUCCUCGACCUAAAAGGAAAGCCGCUCAUCCAUAUCCUCAGAAGGCUCACAAGAAUGUGCAACCUCAAGUACCAGGAUCAUUCAAGUCAACAUCUGAACCAAAUGACCCAAGUUUUAUGUUUAGGCCCGAGUCUUCUUCAAUGCUGAUGACUUCUCCAACCACUGCUGCCGCGGCUCCAUGGACAAAUAAUGCGCAAACAAUUAGCUUCACGCCCCUACCAAAAGCAGGAGCAGGAGCUAAUAACAAUUGUUCUAGUAGUUCUGAAAAUACUCCAAGACCACGAUCCAACAGGGAUGCAAGUGACCAGGGAAAUGUUGGCCAUUCAUUAAGAGUUUUACCGGACUUUGCCCAAGUAUACGGCUUCAUUGGAAGUGUUUUUGACCCAUAUGCAAGUAAUCAUCUACAAAAGCUAAAGAAGAUGGACCCCAUAGAUGUUGAAACAGUGUUACUAUUGAUGAGAAAUCUAUCCAUCAACUUGUCUAGUCCUGACUUUGAGGAUCAUAGACGGCUUCUUUCGUCUUAUGAUAUCGGAUCUGAGACAGCAACUGAUCAUGGUGGAGUGAAUAAAACCUUAAACAAAGACCCACCUGAAAUCUCUACAUGAAGUUUAAUAGAAGAGGAGAAUUAUGAAAAGUGUCUCAGAUGAGCCAACAACCAGAUGGCUAUUGAAUAGAGAUUCUGUUGUGAGUUUUUGUUUGUAGUUUGUACAUAUGAAGAAGAUGAAGCUGAGAUUGAGAGGGUUUAGUUAUUGUUAAUGGUAUAAAUAUACGUCUUUUGGGUUAAGGAUGGUAUAUGUACAGUGUAUUAUUAUCAUAAGUUAGAUACCAUUCCUUCUCGCAAAUUUGUUUUUAGCUUUUGUUAAAGCAUGUAUCAGUCUCUUUGAUGGGAGACAAAUCUCUUAAUAGAGUUGUCUUAGCUUU